AUGCAAGCCGCAAUUGCUCAUUUCUUAGAAGAGCCAACAUUUCUGAAGAAUAAGAAGAUGCAGAAUACCAGAGAUUCUGAAUCCAAUCAGGACUAUGACCUUAACACCCCAAUCAAAUCUACCUCCGGCCUACGUCAGGGUCUAGUAUCUUAUGGAGACAAGCACUUCUCUCUCUUUCUCCGAAAGGUAUUCAUUAAAGCUCUUGGAUAUUCAGAAGAUGCUCUUUCCCGGCCCAUAGUAGGCAUUAUCAAUACAUUUUCAGGGUUCAAUCCCUGCCAUGCCAACAUCCCACAGCUCAUAGAGGCUGCCAAGCGUGGCAUUCAUCUCAAUGGAGGAUUGGCGGUGGAAUUUCCCACUAUUUCCGUCGCUGAAUCCUUCUCACACCCAACGAGUAUGUUUUUACGGAAUUUGAUGAGCAUGGACACUGAAGAAAUGAUUCGGGCUCAGCCAUUGGAUGCCUGUAUAAUGAUUGGAGGCUGUGACAAGACAGUUCCUGCCCAAUUGAUGGGUGGAAUUUCCGCCAACAAGCCAAUCCUUCCCUUGAUCACUGGGCCUAUGCUACCAGGUAGCCAUCGUGGGAAGAGAAUUGGUGCAUGUACAGAUUGUCGCAAUAACUGGGCAGCAUUUCGAGCUGGCGAGAUCGAUGUUGAGGAGAUUUCAGCUAUCAAUGAAGAACUUGCUCCAACAAUUGGAACCUGUGGUGUCAUGGGAACUGCGAGCACGAUGGCCUGUGUUACCGCUGCAUUGGGAAUGAUGCCACUUCGUGGUGCUUCUGCUCCAGCUGUAUCAUCUGCACGACUGCGGAUUGCCGAAGAGACCGGUGCAAAUGCGGUGGCCGUUGCACAGGCAGGAAGGAAACCACAAGACAUCCUGACAAAGGAAUCGUUUCUGAAUGCCAUUACAGUCCUUCAGGCGAUUGGCGGGUCUACCAAUGCUGUGGUUCAUUUAUUGGCAAUUGCCAACCGGCAUCCCGAGCUCCAGGGGAUGAUAACAUUGCAGACGAUCGAAGAAAUAGGUCAAAAGACUCCUCUUCUCAUCGAUCUUAAGCCGAGUGGUGAUAACUAUAUGAACGAUUUUCAUAAUGCGGGAGGCAUGCCUGCGCUGCUACAUGUCCUUCGACCGUUGCUCCACCUGUCUGCUAUGACGGUCACCGGGCAGACGUUAGGAGAAGUUUUGGAUGCAGCUCAAUCCAAGCGAGUCUCUUUUUCACAACAGAUUAUCAGACCGCUCUCGGAUCCUCUUUAUUCUUCAUCAUCUCUCGCGGUUCUGCGAGGCAAUCUUGCUCCCAAUGGCGCUGUUAUCAAAGCAUCUGCCUCGAAAUAUCGAUCUCUGCUCUCUCACACUGGGCCUGCUGUGGUAUUUGAGAACUCGAUCGACCUCGCUAACCGGAUCGAUGAUCCGGAAUUGCCUGUCACAAAGGAUAGCGUGUUGGUCCUCAAGGGUAUUGGCCCAAUAGGCAAUCCUGGUAUGCCAGAAGCAGGACUGAUUCCUAUUCCUAAGAAGUUGGCAGCUGUGGGAGUGAAAGAUAUGUUGCGGCUAUCUGAUGGCCGCAUGUCUGGGACGGCUGGGGGAACCAUUGUCCUCCAUAUCUCACCCGAGGCAGCUGUUCCAAACUCACCAUUUGGGGUAGUGGAGACGGGUGACUUGAUUGUUUGUAACCUCGAAGAUCGCAGACUACAUGUCGAUAUAACUGAAGAGGUUUUGGAGGCUCGUAUAUUACAACGAAAGCAGAGGCUUGAGGGAGAGUUGGGACCAGUUCAAGCGAGGAAGCAGAGGCGGGGAUAUCGCGGGUUAUAUGAGCGAUCCGUGAACCAAGCGCAUGAGGGAACUGAUUUUGACUUUCUCACUGCAAAUGGUGCAUCCUGA